UCCAUUUUGGCUGUGUGUCUCUCUCUGUCUGACCCUGCGAAACUUGGUUCUUGGAUAUUUUCAGACCAAAAAUGGAGGCUGAGCAAGUUGGGGAGCUUGUGUCUGUGACAUUCACAUGGACGAUUGAAAAAUUCUCUAGGUUGAAAUCCCAGAAGCAUUACUCAGAGGGUUUUUCUGUUGGUGAUUUUCAAUGGCAGAUGGUUGUGUAUCCAAAGGGAAGCAGUGGAAUUCCCGGGACGCACGAUUUGUCGAUAUAUUUGAAUGUUGCAAAUGCUUCAGCAUUGCCAUCUGGGUGGAGUAGAUAUGCCCAGUUCACCUUGACUGUGGUGAAUCAAGUUGACCGUGAUAAGUCAAUCACAGUAGAAACUAAACAUGUUUUCAGUGAAAGUAAAAGUGAUUGGGGCUUCACAUCAUUCAUGCCUCUAAGUGAGCUUUGUGAUUGUACCAGAGGGUUUCUUGUGAAUGAUAUAUGUGUUCUUGAAGCCGAGGUUGCAGUCAGUCAGGUUGACUAUAAGAUUUCAGAAGUCCAAGAAACUUGGUUUUGUACACCCAUAGUGCCCCAAAAGCAUGAGGAUCAAACGCUAGGACCUUCAAAUGUGGAUUCUGUGCUAGUUACAGAGUCUUCACAACCUCUCAGGGAACCUUGUUCUGAACAGGUGCUUAACUCUUCAAUAGCAUUUACGACACGAAGUUUUGAUCAAUUGCUUGCUUUCCAGAAUUCACUAAGUUCUGAACAAGCUUGCACUGAGCUUAAUGAUAGCCCUGUUGGCCCUUCCAUAAUCAAGGAACAUGAGCAAACGCCCUCCACUCCAGUUGGCAAGCUCAUGGAUUUCAAGGGUUUAGGGAAAAUAGAGAAAGAUUUUGUUCCAUUGCUGGAGGAAGUCUGUUUGUUGCAUCCUUCAUUGAUUGAGUGCCAAAGGAAGAGAAGUCGUAUGUUUACUGAAUGGGCAUUCACAGCUUUGGGUAGACUCUUGUAUUUUCUACAGACUACAAAAGGUAAGGAUAUGGUUGAGGAUGCCUGUAAGCACCUUCAAAUUUUAUGGGAGGAGCUUGAGACCUUCAGAUUUGACUUGUCUUGGUUGGAGCCUCAUGUUCAAUCCGCCUUGGGUAUGAACAAGUUUGUGGAAAGGGCACGACUGGUGAAAGAACAGAGAGACAAUGUGGAUGCUUUGGAGAUUGAAGUCAAGAGGUUAAAAGCUAGGCUAGUUGUUGCAACGCUAGAGUUUCAGGUUGCAAAAACAGACAUGGGAUUGGCAGAAGAAAGCUGUGUUGAAAUAAAUAUGGAUGGUGAGCUUGGUUAUGGGAGGCGUGCCUUACUUUAGAAUUCACUCUUUGAUGACAAACAUAUGCAAUAUAUGUAUUUAUAUGUAUUACAUAUCCAACUCCCAUGUUAAGCAUGAUCCUAUUUCUAAACCAUUGUGCUGGAAAAGAACCCUCCAUUGCAAUUUUUGUUCUGAACCAAACCCUUCCAUCUGAAGUAACACUCCCUCCCCUGCCUCCAUCUGCACAGUAGCGAAAUCCCUGUGUGUGGUGAGCUCCAAUAAUCCCAAGCAACAUGUCACCCGGCAUCAUGACAAUGCAUUAUAUGCCUGUCCAGAUAUGUGCAGGAAUCGCUUUUCCGAACAGACUCGAAUCACCUCAUUGUCUGGAAUUGAAAUAAUUAAGGAAGAGCUUUGGAGGAGGCAACAACUGGAAAUAGUUGUAUCAAAAUAUUUAUAGUGCUUACAGGGUUCUCAUGAUAAUAAAUUUUCUGUUAUGAUGGAGGCUAUUGUUGUUUGGCGUAUAGUUCUGUUUGUAUUAUUUAUAAGACCUUGGUUUGGCAUUAGUGUUUUAUGCAUUUGGUCUUGGUCGGUGUGGAUGGGUGAAACUUUGAAGAAGGUUUUUGGGGUCAAGUAAAAGAAGUUUAAUUCGGGAGGGUU